AUGGGACAAAAUCAGAGCAGCGCAAAGGAUGAAAUUGAUGUAGUGGACCUGCAAGAAAUGUAUAAGAAAUAUGUCAGGGAGUGUCCUAGUGGGGCAUUGUACCUCCACGAGUUUAAACAAUUUUUUGGCGUUUCGGCAAACAAUGAAGCCUCACAGUUUGUGGAUCGCAUGUUCACUUCUUUUGAUCGAAAUGGGGACAACACAAUAGACUUUCUGGAAUAUGUAGCCGUCCUGAAUCUCGCUCUUCGUGGGAAACUGGAACAUAAACUGAAGUGGUCGUUUAAAAUAUAUGAUAAGGACGGCAAUGGCUGUGUGGAUAAACAGGAGCUAAAGGAGAUUAUACAGUCUGUUUAUAGUAUUAAGAAGGACUGGACAAGGGAAGGAGAUGCCCAACUGCUGAGCCCUGAGGAUGUGUGCAAUCGGAUCUUCCAUCUGGUGGACGAAAAUGAAGAUGGUCAACUUACCCUGCAUGAGUUUUUAGAAGGAGCGAAAAAAGACAGAUGGGUAUCAAAGAUGCUACAACUGGACACCAAUCCCUGUACCUGGAUUAUGGAUCAGAGAAGAAAGAGUGCAUUAUUCUAGACAGGACAAGGUGUCCUUGUGUUCAGCAUUUCACUAUUUUUCCUGUACAUGUUCCCUGGUGCUGUGCUUACAUGUAUCGACAUGUGAAUGACUGAAUUUCUGAUUAUACAAUUACUUAUGUAAAUUUAAAAAAAUUGCAUUCUGUCUUCCUUCUC